UGGAUAGGACCCACGAAGAAAAAUCGUUCGUAGUAAUCGCGCUUGACGCGCUUUCGUGCGAUGUUGCAUUAGUAGCACGUGAGUGAGUGUGCGACUGACUGGGGCAGACAGGAAUACACACGGUAGAAUAAUGAAACGAUAAACGGUUACGCUCACUGAAAGGAUACACACAAUGGGAUGUGGACCAUCAAAUGCAGCUGUGCCAGUAACGGGCGAAGGGGUUUCAACCAUCUCUAAGCUUGUCUAUCCACGACCAGAAGCGUUUGAAAUUCCCCUCGGCGAUUCAGAGCAUCCGGAUAGUCUUAUCAAAAAGCAUCCACCGCGGCGUCUGAAGCGUCUCGAGGAACAGUCCAGCACGACGCCGAGCAUUGAAGAUUUGGAGGAAAAACUAGCGACAGCUGAAACCCGAAGACAACAGUUUCUAGCGAAUCGGUCCCAAAAAACUACCUUCGAUAAAGGGAGCCUGGAUGCGACGGAAAACGAUGCUAGUACAAUCCCUGAGGAGGGCGAAGAUGACCGAUCGGCAGAUGGCGUGCACACAGCCGAACAAGAUGGCGACGACUCGGGCGUGGAACGAUCCGCACCGCCAGAUGGUAACGGUCGCAGAUCAGCAUCGGAAAUGGAGGACGAUGAGUUCGAUCCUCAUCAUCAGCAACAGCUGCACGAUCAACGACGCCGCGGGUCGGACCUCAGCAUCGGGCACCUGACCAGCAUGCGGAUGAAGAUGAACCAAUAGAAAUCAGUUCGACAAUGGUGCAACAAUAACGUACGCCGCGGGGAUAACACGAGUAACGCGCAAAAACUGUCCCAUUGCACACGAAAGCAAUCAAAAACUACAAAAAAAAGGUUCGAAAUAAUAUUGCGUUCCGUUAUUAUUAUACAAUUACUGUAAAAAAUAUUCUACAUCCUGAAACUAGUCCAUUUUGGUCGUUAAUAAUUUUACACGUUAGUGUUUUUAAUGUACAUUUAAGGUAGAGGUUUAAUUAAAACACAUUACAAAUAUUCUAAUAAAACCAUACCAUAAUUCA